ACAUACAGCGCUGUUAGACGUUGACAGGAGACGCAAACAUGGCGGCUCCCUGAUGUAACACAACUGUGGAAAUGUUGUUCAUUUGAAGGGUGACCAGAGAAAAGCAACAAACAUGCUCGGUCUGACUUUAAAAGAGGUGUCUGUGGCUUUCAGGGAGGGAAAGAUCUCACCUACUGAGCUCUGUAAGAAGUGUUUGAAUCGCAUCAAGAAAACCCAGCAUCUGAAUGCUUACAUCACCGUUACCGAGGAGCUAUCCCUGAAACUGGCUCAACAGUCUGAGGCGAGGCUGCGUCAAGGUGUCUCCAGAGGUCCGUUGGAUGGGAUCCCUUUUGCAGUCAAGGACAAUUUCUGUACUAAAAAUAUCCGGACGACAUGUGCCUCUAAGAUGCUGAAAGGCUAUUCUCCACCUUACAACGCUACAGUUGUGCAAAAGCUUCUUGACCAAGGGGCCGUUCUAAUGGGAAAGACUAACAUGGAUGAGUUUGCGAUGGGUGCAGGCAGUACAGACGGAGCAUUUGGCCCAGUCAGGAACCCGUGGAGCUACGCAGCUUCGUAUAGAACACAGACGGGGGCAGCUCCCGACUCAGACUGGGUCAUCACCGGAGGAAGCUCAGGGGGAAGCGCCGCAGCUGUCGCCUCACUCACAAGCUACCUGGCUUUGGGUUCAGACACAGGUGGUUCAACCCGUAAUCCCGGAGCGCUGUGUGGCGUUGUUGCCCUGAAGCCCACUUACGGCCUUGUGUCAAGGCAUGGUCUCAUUCCCCUGGUCAAUUCCAUGGAUGUUCCUGGAAUUAUGACACGCAGUGUCAAUGAUGCUGCGAUUGCUCUGGGUGUCCUUCAAGGCAUUGAUGUUCGAGACUCAACCACAGUUCCUGCUCCAUCAGCACUAACAGAGCUUCCUGAAGACUUUGAUGUCAGGAACCUCCGUGUUGGCAUCCCCAAGGAGUACCAUGCCCCCGGCCUGUCGGAGGAGACCCUGGCUCAGUGGAGUCGUGUUGCAGAUUUGUUUGAGCGAGCAGGAGCCCGGGUGGAGCAGGUUUCCCUCCCACACACCCAGUACUCCAUCGUCUGCUACCACGUCCUUUGCCACGCUGAGGUGGCGUCAAACAUGGCCCGAUUUGAUGGGCUGGAAUACGGCCACAGGAGUGAGAUGGAGAGCUCCACAGAGGUUAUGUAUGCUUCAACCCGACACGAGGGCUUCAACGACGUAGUCAGAGGGAGGAUUCUUUCUGGAAACUACUUCCUGCUGAAACAAAACUACCAGCACUACUUUGUGAAGGCCCAAAAGGUCCGCCGACUGAUCACGGAGGAUUUCCGGCAAAUUUUCAACUCAGGGAUUGACGUGCUGCUGACUCCCACCACUCUGACUGACGCAGCCCGUUACCAUGAUUUCACACAGGAAGACAACCGUACACGCAGCGCACAGGAAGAUGUCUUCACCCAACCUGCAAACAUGGCAGGCCUCCCUGCAGUCACUGUGCCAACUGCCCUAUCACAACGAGGUCUUCCCAUUGGCUUACAGCUCAUCGGCCCCGCUCUGGAAGACAAGAAGCUCCUGUGUGUCGCUCAGUGGGUGGAGCAGAGGGUUGGCUUCCCAUCCAUCAGUGACUUCCAUAACUCACAGGAGAGCAGGAAUGAGGCAGGAGUGUCCAGAAGGGAGCAGACUUCAGCUGUUUGAGGAGAAUUUUGUAAAACCACUCAGACUUUAACAACUUCGUAUCUUAUGUCCAUAUAGGAUGUAUUAUGAGAAGUUCACAAAUUACAGAUGUUUUAUGAUGAUAAUAAAUGAAGUUCAACAUGUAAAAACCUGACUGGUCUUUAAAAAGAGGUGACAAAGGGGAUUUAUGUUGCAUCACUUCCUGUUAAAAAUAAUGUAAUUCUUUCUUAACUGCUUCAUAAUUAAAGUAUCAAAGC